AUGGAGUCCUCUGUGCUUCUCAGCAAAGGGUGUACCCCCUGGCAGGGGUUUUUGAUCACAGCCUCCUUUUUAGCUCUCUGGCACCUGUCCAUCACUGCCUCAGUGACCAUUGAAUCAGUGCCACCCCUGAUGGCCGAAGGAGAUAACAUUCUUUUUCUUGUCGACAAUCUGCCGGAGAAGACUGUAACCUUAGUCUGGUUCAAAGGGCUAACAAAUAUGAAAGCUGUGAUUGCAAUAUAUGGACGGCACAUCAAUUUAAGUGCAUCUGGGCCUUUGCACAGCGGUAGAGAGACAAUAUAUUACAACGGAUCCCUGCUGAUUAAAAAUGUUACCCAGAAAGACACAGGAUUCUAUACCCUACGAAGCUAUGAUAAGUAUUUAAACAUCAUAUCAACAACAUACACAUACGUCCAUGUUCACGAUUUCCUUUGGAACUGUGGGCGCCAUGUGACCUCUGCCCAGCCCACUAUUGAAUCUGUGCCACCUAUUGCUGCUGAAGGGGGAAGUGUUCGUCUACUGAUUCACCAUCUCCCGGAGAAUCUUCAAGGCUUUGCCUGGUUCAAAGGAAUGUCUGUGUUUAGGGACCAUGAGAUUGCCCGAAUCACGACAGACAUGAAUUCAAGUGUGAUGGGGCCUGCACACAGUGGUAGAGAGACAUUGAACAGUGAUGGAUCCCUGCUGCUUCACAAUAUCACUCAGAAUGAUGCUGGAUUGUACACCCUACGAAUUAUGGGUACAGAUCUGAAAAGUGAAGAAGCACAUGUACAACUCCACGUGAACAGCUCCCUUUCCCCAUGCUGUAACCCUCUCACCUCUUCCCAGCUCAUGAUCCAACCCGUGCCUCUGUAUGCUAUUGAAGGGGAAGAUGUUCUUCUCCAAGUUCAUAAUCUUCCAGAAGAUCUACAGGCCUUUACCUGGUACAGGGCAAUAUAUAGAGUCCCAUAUUUUGAAAUUGUCAAAUGCAGCAGAGUCCUGAAUACCACCACCUGGGGGGAUCAGUACAGCAGAAGAGAGACUGUGUACCCCAACGGAUCCCUGCUGCUCCAGGACGUCGCUGAGAAAGAUGCAGGAAUGUACACACUAGAAAUUUUGAAAAGUUACUUCAAAACUGAAAAAGCUUAUGUGCAAUUCCAUGUGAACAAGUUUGUUGAACAGCCUUUCGUGCAAAUCACUAAUGGCAAAGUCUCAUCACAGAGAUCUGUGAUCUUCACCUGUGUUUCACCUGACACUGAUGUCUCCAUCCGCUGGAUCUUCAAUAACCAGAGUCUUCAGCUCACAGAGAGGAUGACUCUGUCCCCAACAAAGUGUGGACUCAGAAUAGAUCCUGUACAGGUGGAGAAUUUUGGAGAAUAUAGGUGUGAGGUCUCUAACCGAGUCAGUUCAAAGACCAGUCUUCCAAUCUUUUUUCAGGAUGAAUGAGUAACCUUUCCUCUCCUCCUACAGCCGAGUGGGGGCAUUUUUAAUCAAUAAUUUACUAAUCAGAGAAAAGUAAAGUUGAUCAGUUAUCACUCAGGUAUAUCCAGUAUGGAGACUCAUAUCUAUAAUCCUGGGAUACAUAUGGUACAAGGGCAGGCCAAGAUUUAAUUUGAGUCUGUCUCCAAAGGAAAUAAAGACACUAUGUUAAAAUAAAUGGAAAGGAGUUAAUAUUUUAGGUUGUAGAUUAAAUAUAGCCAGUCAUUAGAAUUCAUGGAAACUAAUUCCAGUAGCUGCCAAACUUUUGGAUGCUUUGAGUCUGCUACAAAAAUGGAGUGUUUGCAUAGAGGAAAAAAUCCUCUCAUAUGGUCAAAUAUAUUCAAUGUUUAACUAAAUCACUGAUUUACCUAAGUCCAAUGCUGCCUGCUGUCAAGGGCUAUGAGUGGUAUAGCAGGUGACAACUAGUUUCUCAGAUGUCAACCCACCAGAGGAAUGAACAUAUGAUGGAGGUUAAUCCUAACCAGUCAAUUUCUGCAGGAUCAUCGACUCUGAAAGCUGUUGCUCACUUUUGCUGAAGCAGCUUGGUGUCUCCCCAAUACUUGCACUGUAGUGUAUAAUCUUAAGUGAUGUGUAUAUAUAAUCUCAUGAUUACAUCUCAGUCUUAUGGGCACAUAUAUCUGUGAGUGAUCAGGUAGAUGACUUUUUAUUUAGCUAUAUAGUUCUGAUAUAUAGAAUAUAUACUGGACAUACUUUAUAACUGGAUCUAUUUGUUCUACAAGGACAGUGGACAGUAAAGAGACUGCCUUGUUUUUUAUUUUUGUUUAUUGGGUGACUUUCCCUACCUUAUGAGAUCUCCAGUGAGAGAAUCUAGUCUUGUAGCCAGAAACCUUGGUUCCUGCAGCCAUACCUUUACUCCAUUCUCUGAGAUACAUUAGAAGCUACCUCUGUGCUAUUAUCACCCAUUUGGCAGGAUAUACAGUCAGAAAAGGAGCCUAAUAAAUAGGUCACAUGUGGGACCUUUGAAGAUAAAGGGAUGUUCAAGCUCAUUUGAGACUGAGUGCCCUAAAUUCUCCCACAGUCAACUUGGGAAACUGCUAAUGUCAGCUGACUCCCAGCUCUAAUGCUUAAAAUAUAUUAAUUCCCUAUACAUAUCUUCACCUCAGUUUAUCAAUACUAGAUUUUAACCUAGGAAUGUAAUAUCAUGCACCAAUUCUUGUCUCUUCUUAGAAUUUAAAACCUCCUAAAUCAGUCUUUUUGCCUCUUAGUUCUGUCCUGGUAUCCUUCUAGCCACGCCUCCCUGGGGGCAACAAAGAUACUGACAGUGUUACUUGGAACAAACUCUCAUCUUCUU